AAGUUUUGUUCCCUUGGAAGGUUGAAACUUCUGAGAGGCACCAUGGCGACACUGGAUUCCGACGUGACCAUGGUUCCGGCCGGCGAACCCUCCACCAGCGCCGGUCCUUCUUCGUCCACCAAGAAGCCGAAGCGAUUCGAGAUCAAGAAGUGGAAUGCCGUUUCUCUCUGGGCUUGGGGUUCGUCUCUCUCUCCGCUUUCUACAAACCCUAAUUUUCUUUUCUCUCUUUUAGUUUAUUAUUUUCUUUCUGUUAUUGCAGAUAUUGUUGUGGAUAAUUGCGCUAUUUGCCGCAACCAUAUCAUGGAUCUCUGUAUUGAGUGCCAGGCCAACCAGGCUAGCGCCACUAGCGAGGAAUGCACUGUAGCUUGGGGAGUUUGUAACCAUGCUUUUCACUUCCAUUGCAUAAGCCGAUGGCUCAAGACCCGUCAAGUAUGUCCUCUAGAUAAUAGCGAGUGGGAGUUUCAGAAAUACGGUCACUAGAACUUUGAUGCGGCUGAGCUACUUCCAUCUUGGACAUUUGGAUUGUAGCAUUUCUAUCAACUUUAUAGCUCUACAUGUUGUCUUUGCUUGCCUAUUGGAGUUUUAUUCAAAAGAGUCACUUCUAAAUGCUUUCGCAUAUAGUUACGCCCCCAGUUCCUAAUUCGAUCAUAUCCUUCUCUAACAAUGUGGCAAAACGGUGGUGUUAAUUCACUCAAUGACAAGAUUUAUGGAAUAUUAUAGCAUGCAAAUAUUCACGAAUAGCAUAUACAAACAAUUCUGUCUU